GGGUGGGACUUCUGGCUGCUGCUACCGUACAAUUGUCCAACCGCCAGCGUGCAUCGCUACCCAGGCCACAAAGUGUGACGCUUCAGAAAGGUUACUCCAAGUGAAGCCUAAUGUGCCAGAUGAUACACCGGUAUGACUGGCAGGAGAGAUCGUGGCAUUUGAUUAGGCUGGCUGGCCCUGCAGAGGAGGUCCAGAGUGGAGAUGCAGUGCAGUAACCGAGAGCUGGUGGAGUUCUUUAUAAGCUAUAAACUGUCUCAGAAGAAUCACCCAACUUCCCUUCUGAGGCCAACCAAUGGGGGCCAAAGGACUGAGAGAGACCUGGCCCAAUCUCUGCCUGCAUACAAUGGCAUAGAGGCUUUAAAAUCAGCUCUUCUAGACUCAGGGGAGCAGUUUGGUUUUCUGUUCACACAGUCUUUUAGGGACGUUGCUUCGCACCUCAGCAUCACGCCGGACACAGCCCAGCAAUGCUUCGAGAGCGUGAUGGAGGAGUUGUUCAGGGAUGGAAUCAACUGGGGGCGUAUAAUUGGUCUGUUUGUCUUUGGUUCUGCAAUGUGUCUGGACUGUAUUGACAGCAAUAUGAGUGAGCUGGUACCCGACAUUGCAGACUGGAUGACUGCGUAUCUAGAUGAUCACAUUAGUCUGUGGAUCCAACGAAAUGGAGGAUGGGACCGCUUUACAGAGAUAUUUGGGAAAGGGAUGUCUACAAGGAGCUCUGGGGAGUCUCUGAAGAGAUGGCUAUUUGUUGGAGUGGCCUUAGUAACAGGGCUGCUGGUUGGCAUGCUCAUGACAGAUUAACAGUGAAGGUGCUACUUCUGUGCUGUCACUGAACACCCUGUGGAAUGCUAAACCAAGGGAGGGAAGUGGUUAAUGUUUACAUGGAAGCCCAGACCACAUGUGCAGUGACCAUAGUGGGUGGGCAAAGGCAUUCUGUGAGAGGAUUCAUAAUGUGUAACUUGGUGAGCUGUUACAGACCACCUGCUCGCCUUGCUUUGACCAAUGUGUUUUUAAUUUCUUUUUCUUUUUUAAACGCACAACAAUUUCAGUUGCUGAUGUGCCCGUUCAGAGGGCAAAUGCUUUAAAUGUACCUAAUAAAAAGUCAGUGAAAGUGAUUCAGCUGGUCUAAGCUCUAUAUUAUUAUUAUUUUUUUUUUUUCUUCUCUGUAUUAUUCAGGGAACAACAUGUAUGACUGAGAAUCUACGUUGUAUCCCCCCCUUUACUGUGUAAUUCUCAGCUUCUUUUGACUGUUCUUGAGGUUUUAAGUCUGUUUUGAAAAGUUUUGCCAUUUUGUUUUGCUGAAUAAACUGUAUGGAGUGCAGAGGCUAUCCAAAAAAUUCAAA